UAGCAAACACACUCACGCGGUGCUGUGAAGUGCAGCUGUAUUUUUAGGCAAGCUUUGUCGGUUUAGCGCACAUUAGCUGGAAGAUGAGCGGCGGCACGCCGUAUAUCGGCAGUAAGAUCAGUCUGAUCAGUAAAGCGGAGAUCCGGUAUGAAGGCAUUCUCUACACCAUCGACACAGAGAACUCCACCGUCGCGCUCGCCAAAGUGCGCUCCUUUGGCACCGAGGACCGCCCCACGGACCGCCCCAUCGCACCCAGGGAUGAGAUAUUUGAGUAUAUUAUAUUCAGAGGAAGUGACAUCAAAGACCUGACGGUGUGUGAACCUCCCAAACCAACAUGCUCUCUGCCUCAGGACCCCGCCAUUGUUCAGUCCUCUAUGGGAUCUUCCACUGCCCCACCAUCAUCCUUCCCGUCUGGGAACUCCUAUGGGCUGUUCAACCGUCCACAAGGCACGCCUUACACCCAGUUCAACCCCAGCCCUCUGGUCUCACCGCAGUUUGGCACUGUUGGAGUCGAUCAUGCCAAUCUGGCUCUGAACCUUCUGAGAAAGAGCCCCCCAGCGGAACCUGCUGCCUCAUCAGCACCUGCGCUCACAGCCCUGGCUCGCAAGAGCCCCUUGGAAACUCGUGCAGCCUCCACCAACACACAGACGCCUGUGGACCUCACCGAACAGAACAGGGGCACGGAUGUCCCGAAACCAAGCAUACCAGAGUCCAGUCAGUCCGGAGGAGGAAACGGGGACGCUUCUAAACUGCUUGCAGAUGGUGGUCCUCCUGCUGUGCGCCGUGGUCGCGCCGGAGGUCAUCGUGGUAGAGGACGCUUCCCUGUGCGAAGAGAAGGACCCAUGAAGUUUGAGAAAGACUUUGACUUUGAGAGCGCCAAUGCUCAGUUCAACAAAGAUGAUCUUGACAAAGAGUUCCAGAGCAAACUCAAACUGAAAGAUGAGAAGUCUGAUAAAGCUUUGAAUGGCGAGGAUAAAGCUGAUUCAGGGGUCGAACCUCAGAACAGCGAAGGAAAUGCUGAUCAGGAAGAUCCUCUCAGACCAAACUGCUACUACGAUAAAUCCAAGUCCUUUUUUGACAACAUCUCCUGUGACGACACAAGGAAGGAGAGGUCUGGAGUGUCCAGUUUCCCCCGAGAGAGGAGGCAGACCUGGGCGGAGGAGCGGAGGAUGAACUCGGAGACGUUUGGCAUCUCGUCACGGCGGGGCCGUGGCGGCUACAGAGGUCGCGGUGGCAUGGGCUUCAGAGGGGGCCGCGGAGCCGGACGGGGGUGGUUCGGAUCUCAUCCUGGUGGAAGUGGCUUCAGAGGAGGAUUCAGAGGAAGUCAAGGAGGAAGAGAGUUCUCUAAUUUUGAAUACAGGAAGGAUAACAAAAUGGCUGCAUAGUGAUGAGAGGAAGUGGAUCCAGAAGACCUGAUCUGUGUGGGAUCUGCAUUUUGGGUCACAUGUUUUGCUGAGAAGGAGAUAAACGUACGUGUUGUAAAUCUGUCACCAGCACUGGGGUUCGACUGCUUGAAACCUGGAUCUUACUGAAACAACUACUCCAUUUCUUCCUGAGGAGUGCAACAUAUGCUA